ACCGACAUGCACCCAAGUGGAAGCUGAGACACUUCUUCUGCUGCGCUAAGCUUAAAAAAACAACAACAACAACAACACUGCUCAGACUGCCAGUCCCUCGGCGAUGCUCUGUCGACACCAGGCUACAGACUGAUCACCGAUCACCGGGACUGAUCGCCAGCUGAUCGCGCAGCGCGGAGGAUAGAGACCAGACCAGUGCGCACCGCCUCCCUGAGAUCCAGGAAGAAGACACAAAAAUGUCUGAGAGAAGAGGUCAGAAGAAAUCCGUCUUUCUUUCCUCAUUAUUGGUGUGUUGCAUGAUUGCUAGUGCGGAGGAUUCCAGCUGUGGAGAGUAUGAGUUCUUCAACCAGACGAGUAACAGCUGCCAGGCCUGCCCUCAGUGCCAGCCAGGACAAGAGCCGCAUAUGACGUGUGGUUACGGAGUGAAGGAUGAGGACUUUGCCUGCGUGCCGUGCCCACAGGGGAAAUAUUCCAAAGGGAAGUAUGAGAUCUGCAGACGCCAUAAAGACUGCGAUGCUCUCUACAAAGCCACUGUUCGUGUAGCGGGAACUCCAGACAGCGAUGCUGAGUGUGGACCAUGUUUACCAGGGUAUUACAUGCUGGAAAAACGACCCAGAAACCUCUAUGGGAUGGUCUGCCACUCCUGCCAGAACGCACCAAGCAACACCAAAGAAUGCACUACCAAGCCAAAUGGAAAACCUCAAAUUGACACCGGCAGCACCACUAUAUUCCCCCAUCUAGUUAAAGAUACCUCAGGACAGGGUCACCUAGCAACAGCGCUCAUCAUCGCCAUGUCAACCAUUUUCAUCAUGGCCAUCGCCAUCGUUCUCAUCAUCAUGUUUUACAUCCUGAAGGCCAAGCCGAACGGCCACGCAUGCUGUUCUGGACAAGUUGUCAAAGUGGUGGAGGCUCAGACCAACAAACAGGAAGACAAGAAAGACGUUCCCGACAACGUGGUGAUCUACUCAGAGAAAGACGAGUUCGACAAAUUGAAAGCUCCUCCGCAGAAGACGGUGAAAAGCGAAAACGAUGCCUCGUCGGAAAAUGAGCAGCUGCUGAGCCGCAGCAUUGACAGCGACGAGGAGGCGGCAUCGGACAAGCAGGGAUCGGCGGACACCCAGAACCCCAAUCCCAACCUGUGCAUCAAACCUGACCUCUGCCUGCUCUCUCUGGGGCUGCUGGACCGCGGCCGGGCCUGCAAUGGCACCGCCUCCGUGGCAGCCGGGCAGUCCAACAACAUCCAGAGUCCCAACCACAUCAACAACGUCAACCACAUCGCCAGCAGUAACCACAUCAGCAGUGUGAACGCAAUCAACAACAACAAUAAAACCCCAGGGAUGCUGCAGAGUCGAAGAAAAAAGAUCCUGGAUCUGUAUGCCAGAGCUUGCAAUGUGACUGAGGGCUUAAGCCCGACGGAGCUUCCCUUCGACUGCCUGGAGAAGGCCAGCCGCAUGCUGAGCUCCUCCUACAGCAGCGAGGCGGCCGUGGUGAAGACGUGGAGGCACCUGGCCGAGAGUUUCGGGCUGAAGCGCGACGAGAUCGGCGGCAUGAGCGACGGCCUGCAGCUCUUCGAGCGGGUGAGCACGGCGGGCUACAGCAUACCCGACCUCCUGACGCGCCUGGUGCAGAUCGAGAGGCUGGACGCCGUGGAGUCGCUCUGCGCGGACGUGCUGGGCAGCAGCGAGGUGGCCGGGCGGCAGGGCAUCAACAGUUUUCACAGCCAGAUGGUCUGUCCGUCCCCGUGCCCGUCCCCGUCCCAACGCUGCGCCAGCGUCUGAACGCGCGGCGGAGCAGAGACUUCAGAGACUCGAGUGCCUUACAGCACACAUGUACCCGAGGACAGAUAUUACUCUGACAAGGAGGGCAGCACAUUUACAGUAUAUGCAUUACCCCAUCACAUGAAGAAUUUCAGUGGCCACUUCGUCCACAAUCCUUUUUUUUCCUAUAAUGGACUAUGUGUCAAGAAGCUAGCAGUCUGAAACCGUCUUCAAUUUCUAUACUAUGUCUUUCUAAGUGUUACAAAGUUUGAGAGACGUAAAAAGAUUGAAGACCUCUGAUUCAGACUGUCCUCUAGUUUACCAUUUCAGAUAUCGUCUCCUCUGCAGAAUAUAAUAACCGCGAUUAGUUUAUUAGACUUUUAUGUUUCUCAGAAAAGAAUUUAGCAAAACAUUGACCAAGAGCCUGUGCGCUGGACGCAACAAAUUCUUCUCCAAAAUGUAAAAGUUAGCACAUAUUCUCAAAGGAUUGCCUCACUAAGGGAGGGCCGCGGACGCUGUCUUAGCUCCACUCUCGCUGAACCUUCAGAUCAGCACCAAAAGCUUGUGUUUCAGCCAUUCCGUAGUUGUUUGUGUCUGUAUAUAGGAAGCGACCUUGUUCGACCGCGGCAUCAGUUAACAUUCAUUGUUACGCGUUUGGCUGCGCUGUCAUCACACAGGAAAGACACCAGAUACGAUCUCCCCACUUCGAACGCAAUCAUCAUGCCCAGCUGGAAAUGCCAAAACAUCGCUCAGCUCAGCUUUCAUCCGGUAAACUUUCCUGUGAACUCCUGCCUAUUUGCGAUUUCACGAGCAAUCGCACAACAGUAAACAAGAGCAGAUCGCGAGAGACUGCGCGCGAUUCCCAUUCUCCGGCGAAUAAUGUCAAUUUUGAGUUGAAUCUCUCCAAUCCUGUUUGCUUAAGAGCAACUCAGAUUCAGUCAUUGAUUAGCGUGAGCGCACGGAAUCGCCGAUGCGUCGUACGGAAACGUUCAACCGACCACCUCACUGAAAAAAAGAACACUAGAAACACAUGGACUUGUUUCGUGUUUAGGUUUCGAGCAUUAAUCGCAUACACUGGAUGAACACACUACACAUUACCCUGCUGCGUACGCACACAUGGUCACUGUCUACGACUUUAACACGCAGAGCAACAUUCUCUUCUACUGCAGCUACUUCCUCGGCAGUGACCCAGUCUAUGACCCUCCCUCAUAAUUCUGCCUCCCCCUCCCCGCUUACUCCCCUUGUGCCCCAAUGCUGCGGUCUAGCGCUGCCGCCAGCCCUAAUUAUUUGUCGUGUGGCUCCCCAUGCGCCUAAUAGGCUAAAGUGUUGCGGUUUACAGAGCGGGUGCAAAGUGCCUGUGAUUUCCAGCACCUAAUUAUGCAUUUAGGGCCACUUAACCACUGAAAGCCCAGUGGAAAAGCUGUAAAAAACAUGCAUUAAAAAGAGCGAUGCCAGGGCAUGAGGAAAGGCUAAGCUCCCCCAGGGUUGCCGCACCGUGAUCGGCGCGAGAGCACUGCUGGUCACGGCGGAGGCAGCACCGCAGAUGUCCUACAACGGCUGUUCUCAUUCAGCUUUUGUGGUUGGCUCAGUCAUGCUCAGACAGGAUUUAAGCGCCCCUCUCCCCUAUGGGACCAAUAUGGCAAACGAGAACAAUAUGCGGUUGUGUGAGUUCUGAGAAGCAGCUGAAGCUAGUUAGGUGUUGUACGUACAGCGCAGAAACUGUGGCUCUAGUAAACCUUACGAGGAGCGUCCUGUUCGUAAACUCCGUUAACGGUGAUGAAGUUCACAGUUCUGAUGCCGUAGAGCCAGUCCCUCGCUUUCUGUCGCAUCUCAGCAAUAAGCUCCGAGGAACGUCGAUCUGCACGGAAGUUUUUCCCUCCACGUGCUCUUUGUUCGCAUUUCACAAUGCAAUCUGGGGCUGGACCCCAGUUAAUUAAUCUGCAUGCCAGUCAAGCGUGUAUCCACAAAUGUGUCUGUCUUAAUGUCUUAGAUCUAAAGCUCACAUUUAAAAAAAUACUGUCUUCUUAAAGCAGGGUUGUCCACAUCAAAUCCAUUUAAAGUUAAAACAGAUUACUUAUUAUUUUGUUUUAAUGUUGUUGAUAUUAUGUAUUAUUAACUGGUCAACUGGAGCCUGACAUAUGAUAUGCUGAUAUGAUAAUAUAGAGAAGCCAAACACGGAAUACUUACCUCAGUAGCACAUACAGUAUAGCAAAACAUGUACAAACACACAAACUCUUCACGGAACCAAAGUGUAACUGUAUAUAUAACUUAUUAUUGUACAUAAAGUAUACCUUAAUAAAGAUGUAUGACAGAAACUGCAUGGUG